AUGUACGCUCUCGUUUUCCCUCCCUGCUUUCCCUCGUUUCCCCACCUUGCACGCCCUCAUUUUCUCCCUUGUACGCCUUAUUUUCCCCCUUUGCACGAUCGCAUUUCCCCCCCUGCUUGCCCUCAAUUCUCCCCUGCUUGCCCUCAAUUCUCCCCUGCUUGCCCUCAAUUCUCCCUUUCUCCUCCUCUCGCCAUGCCUUCUCCCCCUCCCGCCACCCCCUCUCCUCCUCUCGCCAUAGCUUCUCGUCCUCUCACCAUGCCUUCUCCUCCUCCUGCCACCCCCUCUCCUCCUCCCACCAUGCCUUCUCCUCCUCCCCCCACCAUGCCUUCUCCUCCUCCCACCAUGCCUUCUCCUCCUCCCGCCACCCCUUCUCCUCCUCCCAACAUGCCUUCUCCUCCUCCUGCCACCCCCUCUCCUCCUCCCUCCCUGCCUCCUCCCCCUCCCGCCUGCCAACCCUCUCUGCGCAUCUUUUGUUUCUCCCCCUUUUGUUCUUCACAUCCCGCCUCACCAUCUCGCUACCCCGCCGCCCCAUCUCCCCUUCCUCUCAGUUCCUCUCUUUCUGCCCUUUCGUCCGACCUCUUCAUCCUCACCCCUCCACCCCGCAUCCCCAUCUCUUCCCCCCCUCUUCCCUUUCCCUCCCUGCAUCCCCAUCUCCCUGCCCUGCAUACCUCUCUCCCCUUCCUGCUUCCCCAUAUCCACUGCAUGUUUCCCCAUCUCUCCUCCCUGCAUCCCCAUCUCUCCUCCCUGCAUCCCCAUCUCUCCUCACCUGCAUCCCCAUCUCCCCUCCCUGCAUCCCCAUCUCCUCACCUGCAUCCCCAUCUCCCCUCCCUGCAUCCUCCCGGAACCCUUCCUAAGCCUGCUUCUCCUUACUUCUCCCCUGCUCCCUCCUGCCUCCCUUCAUUUCCCCCCCUGAUUCCCAUCAUUUCCCCUCCUCACUUCUGUCAUCACAGCCUAUGGGGAGCGCAUGCAAGGGAAGGGAAGGGAGAAGGGAUCGGGAAGAGAAGGGUGGGGCAGGAGAAGGGAAGGGCAGGGAGUGGAGAUGUGAAGGCAGGGAGUGGAGAUGUGAAGGCAGGGAGUGGAGAUGUGAAGGCAGGGAGUGGAGAUGUGAAGGAUGUGAAGGCAGGGAGUGGAGAUGUGAAGGCAGGGAGUGGAAAUGUGAAGGCAGGGAGUGGAAAUGUGAAGGCAGGGAGUGGAGAUGUGAAGGCAGGGAAUGGAGAUGUGAAGGCAGGGAGUGGAGAUGUGAAGGCAGGGAGUGGAAAUGUGAAGGCAGGGAGUGGAGAUGUGAAGGCAGGGAGUGGAGAUGUGAAGGCAGGGAGUGGAAAUGUGAAGGCAGGGAGUGGAGAUGUGACGGCAGGGAGUGGAGAUGUGAAGGCAGGGAGUGGAGAUGUGAAGGCAGGGAGUGGAGAUGUGAAGGCAGGGAGUGGAGAUGUGAAGGGCCCCUCAGGUGGAUUGCCUCGUCAGCGAGUGAUGAUUGGCCGUUGA